UUGAGUCGAUAAAAAAUAACAAAAUGGCUGACGCUACUGUUAGUGUACGGGCUCAUUGCAAACUGUUACUGCAUGCUGCUAAAUAUCCCCACAGCUCAGUAAAUGGCAUUUUAUUGGCGGAGGAUAACAAAAAUAAAGAUCUGAAUAAAUCACUACGUUAUGUUGACUGCGUUCCUCUAUUCCAUGUGUCAUUAGGUUUAGCACCCAUGUUAGAAAUCGCUCUUUUGCACGUUGAUGCUUACUGUAAAAGUAAAGGAUUGGUUAUUGCUGGAUAUUAUCAGGCAAAUGAAAAUUUGAAUGAAAAUGAAAUGAAUCAUGUUUCUAAGACAGUGGGCAAGAAAGUUCAGGAGAAUUUCCAUGAUGCUUGUGUCCUAAUAAUUGACAACAGGAAAGUAAAACCAGAAACUGUUUCCCAGCCAUAUAAAGUGUUUGCUCAUAAAGAAAACGGAUGGAAAGAAAUAGAAAAGAAGAGCUCCUCAACAGAAGAUGAGUUACAAAAAGAACAAUGCCUCUACACCCUACUCAAGUCUGGAGCACAGCGACAUGUAAAAGAUUUUGACAACCAUUUAGAUGAUGUUCGGAAUGAUUGGAGGAACUUGGAACUUAAUGAUAUGAUUGCUCGGUGUAUAUAACAUUGCAUCCAUUCAGUCAUGCAAAUUUCAUUUUGUAAGAUAUUAAAAUAACCUUUGCAUGUAAGUGGCCAGUGAGAGCUGUGAAUGUCAUAAUUUAAAAAGGUGAUUGCUUGUCUGUACAUGAGUGUUACAUUAAGACUAUUGUUAGUAUAAGGAAGAACUCAUUCUAAGUGUAAUGCUUGUGUUGAACAAGUCUGUAUGAUGCUAGCAUACCUCUUUUUUUGUUAUAACAUGUAUUACAUUCAGAAUAAAGAAUUGUUAAGUGUUGUUAUUGAUGGUUAUCACAUUUUCUUAAAAUCUCUGUAUGCAAACUUUAUAGACAUUUCUUUUUCUCAUAAACAAAAAGCAUUUAAUGUUAUGUAAAAUUUUCGUUGGUUAAGAAAAAUUGAAGACACUUUUUGUCCCAAAUGUUAAAAAAGUGAAGUUUUAAUAUACAACUGAUGUAGAAAAAAUAAAAGCUUUUAAAAAAACUUCAAUAAAUGGUGGGGACCACUUAAAUUAAAAAAAAAACAAAACCUUAUUUAUGUAAGAAUGUUUACAUUCUUUUGUGGACCUAUAAAAAUGGAAAUCACAUCAUCAGAAAUGUGAAACAUAGCAUUACAAAAGAUUAAUUAUUAAUAUUUAUUUCUGUUUAUGUUCUAUGGACCUUCUAAUGUGAUCAUGCAUUUACUUUUAUAAAUAUUGCAUUUGAGUGUCUGGAAAAUUGAUGCAAAAAAAAAAUCCUAGUUAAUGACACAAUAUGCAUUUAACAUGUGAAAUAAAAGAAUCUUUAAAAAAAAUUGUUAAUGUUACUUAUUAUUUAAUGCAACAUGACUGUUUAUUGUUAGGU